CGAAACAGGCAUGAGACUCUUACACAGCACAGCCGAACUCACUGCUCACUCAUAAGAGUAAAAAGGGACGAUACAUGCCAUCACAUCAGACUCUCAAAAAGUCUCCAAGAACGCCAGAAAAAGUAGCUAGAUUUGUCGCUAGUCGCUUUUUACAAAAAAAGUCGCUUGGGGGGUCUGAAAUCUCGCUAAAUAUGGCGACAAAGUCGCUAAGUUGGCAACACUGAUCCAUGCACAGGUCAAUAUCACUCAAGGCCUAAUACAUACAUAAUGGUGUUCACAAUGUUGUCCAGUAGAUGGCGGUAUGACUGCAAACUGUCAAUAAAAUCAACAGAAGAAGACACAGAGAAGAGACAACACAGCUGUCCCGAGUAAGCUGCUGAGAUGCCUCUCUUUCGUCAAUCAGAGGCAAGGGGGAAAACAGAGGGUGAAAAGCGAGUGGUAAAGAAGAGGAAAUGCAGGUUUAAAGAUAGUGACCACCAUGCAACACUAACAAGGCUGUGUCUCCUGAGUAUUGCAGAAAAUAUGAAUGAUGUGUGGGUCCGUGACUAUGCCCAAAACUACAUGGAUCAGUAUUUUUUCAGAUACAUCAUGGGGCCUUUCAGCCAGCUACCCUCAGAUCUACUAGAGGAGCUCUUGUCUCUGUUGGCAUCACGACGGCUAGUGACCCGGGCGGCCCUGCACCUCAUGUUGGUUCCCCAGCUGCGUCACCUCUCUCUGGGCCGCUGCACUGGUUUGGUAACAUCCAACCUGUGUGCCAUCAUUGGAGCACGCUGCCAGGCCCUGCUGUCUCUGGACCUCGGAGGCGGAGUGAGCGUCUCUUCCCCAGUCUUGCAGGAGCUCCUGGGGUCUCUGGCCAACUUGCGCUCCCUGAGUCUGGCCGGGAGCAUGUGUGACGUCCGGGUCCUGCAGACACUACCCACCCAGUGUCCCAUGCUUCGCCACCUGGACGUCAGCCGCUGCCACCACCUGAACCCUGUCAGCCUGCUGUUCCUCUCCCCCAAGCACCCCCAGAGUCCCGGCCUGCCAGUCCUCCGUAGCCUGCUCGCCCUGGAUAUCGGCUUUGGGGAGUGGGAGGAGGACGGGCAAGCCACUGCAGCCUUCCUCCUCCUCAGCCUGCCUUGGCUGGAGAGAGUAGCCCUGGAGGCCCUGGGAGAAGCCUGUGUGCUCCUCCGGGAUGGGGAUUUUCAUAAGGUCGAGGAGUUCAUCUGCCGCACACAGAUGCCUGACUUUAGGGACUUGUGGACAGAGAGAGGCAAUGGUGACAAUGUCACAGGCAUGGAUAAAGCUGAAGAGGAGAGCUUUUCUCUGUCUGAAGCAACAAACAGUUGUUUAUGGAUUCAGGACAGUGAAGAUGAGGACGAGGGAGAAUCUAACGGGAUAGAAGGAGCUUGCCAUGACUUCACAGGUGCGAUGGCUUCGGAAAACACAAGGGGCAACGGGGCUCUGAAAGUGCAACAAGAAGACAGUUUAAAGGGGGUCUGUCUCACGCUGCGUCUUAGGCAAGUCCAAGGAGUAUCAUUUGGAAGUCUGGGUCCCCUAGGGCAGCUGUGCCCUGACCUGUCUGUUCUGACACUGGACUACUCCGAGGAGGAAGAGGCCGUGUCUGGUGACCAUUUGGCCAGGGUGCUGGCUAGGUGGUCGGCCAGUUUGCGGAGCCUCACCCUGAGAUUCCCAGGGCCCUUGUCUAAGAUGGCACGUAGCGUAGCAGCUGUCGGCGCCUCCCUUACGACGCUCACUUUGGAGGGGGUGCGGGCGGACGGACUUGACCCCCUUCUGCGCCUUCUCCACUCCUGUCCUCAGCUGACAACACUAACCAUUCACAUGGAACCUCCCAGAAUGCACCAGGAAGAGGAAAGUGAAGAGGAGGACAGGGAAGAAGACCUUCAUGCCUUACCCUGUCUUCCUCGUCUCUCUUGUCUGGCACUGAACUUUGCUUUCGAUCAGCGGCAGAAAAGGACCCCCAUGUCUUGGCGAUCUCUGAAGGGAGCCUUGUGGGCCUUGCUGAGGGGAGCACCCCUACUGGAGACGGUCUCGCUGGUCGCCGCUCCUUGCCCCCUGAACCCUGUGUUCCGUCUGGUGCUGGAUCACCCUGCCAUCCCCAUGAGGGCUUCGCAGAGCCCUGCCCUCCAACACUUGCGGGACUUGAAUCUGGCACGUUCUGAUGUGUCCAUGGCAACUGUGUCGCGAUUAGUGGCCAUGGACAUUCCUUUGUCCACACUGGACCUCAGUGGUUGCUGGGCUGUGACUCUCCAUGACAUCCGCCGUUUAGGAGACACAAUGAGACGUCAGAAGUUGCAUAUCAAAUGGACAUGAAAUCUGUAUAAGAAUGAAAUACCUUGAGCAGUGCCUUUUGACAAUCAUGCACCUAAAAAUAACGUUUUAAUGCUUUAAAUGAUCCUAUUCUACAAUGCACUAAUAAUUUAUAUCCAGCCACAGACCUUUGAUUACGCUAUUUAAUGCUUAUAUUUCAGACUUGAUUACUGUAGAAUUGAAGCAGCACUUUCACUUCUGUUUGUAUCGCUGUGAUUAUAUCUGGUUUUAUACCCACAUCUCUCAUGUUCUGGGCUCUUCAAUAAGGAGGCAUGAGGAUUGACGUGUUAACCAAUCCAAUGGUCUAUUAGUAUACUAGCCUGAGAAAUGGGAUUGGGCCCUAAUCUGAUACUGAUAGACAAGUAAAACACUGUUUUUCAUUUGAAAAGCACAUUGAAAAAAGGGGUAGAUUAUUAUGACCGCCGCUAGAGAAGCGGUCAUAUAGGGAUUGUCAAAGUCCCCCCCCCCGUCAUC